GGACCCCUAGAUUUGCCGGAGCUGGAGAGAGGGCAGGAUGCAGAGCUCCCACUGCCUCCCAGUUGUGCUCCUCCUCUGCCUAACAGCUGCCCAGCGGAGCUGUUGCCUAAAUGAGGAAGAAAAGCAAAUGAUGGUAGAACUGCACAACCUGUAUCGCUCCCAGGUGUCCCCACCUGCCGCCAACAUGCUGAACAUGAAAUGGGAUGAGGAUCUGGCUGCCUUUGCCAAAACCUAUGCCAGCAAGUGUGUGUGGGGGCACAACAAGGAUCGGGGCCGACGGGGAGAGAACCUCUUUGCCAUCACUGAAGGGGAGAUGGACCUACAGUUGGCAGUAGAGCAGUGGUACAACGAGCACGAGCACUACAACCUCAGCAACGCCACUUGUGCGGAAGGACAGAUGUGUGGCCACUACACCCAGGUGGUCUGGGCAAAAUCGGAGAGGAUUGGCUGUGGUUCUCACUUCUGUGAGAAGCUUGAGGGAGUGAUGGAGACUAAUGUUCACGUACUAGUCUGCAACUAUGAACCCCCGGGGAAUGUGAAGGGCCAGAAACCCUAUAAAGAGGGACCACAGUGUUCCCAAUGCCUGGAGGGCUACAAGUGUAAGAACCAGCUCUGUGAACCAACCAUAGGCCCAGAAGAGGCUGAGGUCUCACCUUCCUUAGCAACUGCAGCCCCCACCUCUAUGGCAACUGAGACCUCACCCAACUUGGCGACUGAGGCCCCUCUCUCCCUGGCAACCAAAACCUCAACCUCCCUGAAUGAGGGGACCUCCCCCUCCCCUAGGCUAAGUAUUGAAACCAGCCUGAAAUCAUUAGAGACAGAGGCCAGCAAGACAGAGCCAGACAGAGUUGAGCCCACCCAGGAUGGACCUCAAGAAUUGCUCUCCUCCUCCUCCUCCUCCUUUGAGACUCAGGCUACCACUUCCUUGGCUAAUAAUAAGCUGGAAGAGGUCCCAGGCACCUCCAACAGUGCUCCCCCUGACCUCCCCCAAGCUGGUGAGGCUAAUGCCAUGCGUGGGCGCACCCUGGCUCUGAAUUCCUCUUUAGAAGACACAGAAAACGUGAUAAUUUUGGGGAGGUCCUCCGGCCGUUUGGAAUUUUCUCUCUUUGGGCUACUCAGUUGUCUCCUCCUGAGCUACUUCUUCUGAAGGUGCCACCUUUGCACGCCUCGUGCCCACAUGUAUAUGCCGUGCAGCCAAAAGGCCUCGUCUUCUUGGAUGGAUGGAUGGAUGCAUGCACGCCCUGCUAUGGGCCUGGACACACCCUGGAUCUACCACCAAGGAAUUAGGGUUCUAGUUGAAGAGGCCCACCUACAUGCUCACACUGCCCCUCUCUCAUGUACGUCCCUUCCUCGCACACAUACCCCUGCAGGAGCCUGAUGCUGGGGGAUGUGGAUCAUGAGAUCAGUACAGGCUCCAAAAACCAGUGAGUCCUCUUAAUGGAAAUGACCUCAAGACAUCAUCCCUUCUCCCUUGGACAUACCCAAGUCUUAGGGCACGUCCAAGAGAUGUCCCAUGUCACAGAGAUCUCCACUGUUGCCAGCAUGUCUGUGGCUCUUCCAGCCCUUCCAGCCCCAUAGAGAGGGGAACAAACUGAGCACAGGUUUGCUCAGGUCCUUUGCCUUCUUCCCUCUAUGCUCUUUUCACCCUCCUCAAAGAGGGUGCCCUUUGCUUCCCCAAAAUGAAAAUGGUAUCCAACUGGUGGACCGUCUCCCUCAUACCCACUGAGGCGUCUGUGCAGAAACCAGAGGAAUGGAGAGCUCCAGGGCAGAGAGCUGGGGGAGUGUGUGGUGGGUAUUUGGAUCCAUUAAGAUUUGGAGUCCUGGCUAAACAUAUAAAUGUUAAUCCUGGUGACAGCCCCUAGGCCUGAUUCUGCCCAGAUAUAUAUCCAUGGGUGGUGGUGCAGUGAGAUUUCUCACUUCUUUUUUGAGGUAGGGAUUAUGCUAAGAUGAAGGACAAGCUUCUCCUUGAGCCACAGACAGGAGAAAGCAAUCUCAAAGUCCUGAAUAAAGUUUGGUCUGAACUAACUUUCUUUCUUUUCUUUUUUUUAACUUUAUUUUUUAAUUAUUUUUCCUCAAUUACAUUUAGAAACAAUUUUGGACAUUUGUUUUCUGACCUUUUGAGAUUCAGAUUCUCUCCCUUCCCACCUCUCCCUCAGUAGAUGGUUUAUUAUGGGUUAUACCAGUUCUUUCAUGCAAUACAUAUUUCCAUCUUCCCUAUCCUGUGGCAAAAGACAUAUGUCACAUGUACAAUAAAAAAAUCAUGAAGGAAAUAAAGUGAAAUAUGGUACAGUUUGUUCUGCAA